AUGACUAUAACCCAGAGAAGAAGGACGGGUAUAAUUGUUAAUUUGUCCACCUGUCUACUGAUCUCUCAUGCCUUGCUGUUGGAGGCGAGGGUCAGGGGAAAUGGAUUCUUCAGCCCUCAAGCUGUCAUUUGUAGCAAUACGCUAGAUAACGGAAUACGUUUGAAAGCACAUGGAUCGCAAGCCUUCGUUAGGCAUCCUGUUGGCGACAGUGGGUUAGCGAACAGCGUUGCCAGUCGUCUAACUAACGCUGAUGGACCCAAAUUCUCAAGCGAUGGCGCCGGGAUCAAGACCAUAAGGGCGACCCGUACCUUCGCACUACCACCGAAAAAUGCAGUAACUAACACUAACGAGAAGACCAUCGGGGGGCACGAAAGCGGUAGUAUAAGCACGACAAACGUGAAGAACUCCGUUGCGCCCCCCGUCAAUGUGGGAAGGAUCUCAGACGGAAAUUCGAACAAUGCCAUGGUGACCGCCAAAGAUGCGCUCAAGAGCAUAUCAAUGCUCUCAUUGUGGUACGCUGGUACGGUGAUGUACAACAUAGAGAAUAAAAAGGCUCUUAACAUGUGCCCGCUGCCAAAAUCAAUAGCGGCCAUGCAGAUGCUCAUCGGUAUACCCUACUUCCUCACCAGAUGGUUGACAGGCAUCAAGGCUGUACCGUCCAUCACUGUUUCAAAUGAGGGCAUCGAAAAGGUGGACACAAAUGAGGGGGUUCUUCAAACAAUAAAGCGCAAGGCUAAAAACGCCCUGAUGCGCGUCAGGAACACUGUUCAAGCGUAUUCAUCUGUUCUCAAACAGAGCGCCGUGUUUUCCAUGCUCCACCUGCUGUCGGUAACGGCACUGGGUGCUGGAGCUAUUAGUUUCGUGCACAUUGUCAAGGCCAGUGAGCCGCUGUUCGUGUCUGCAAUUUCAUUGUUAAGCGGAACAGGGUCAAUGUCGCCCAUCACAUUCCUCACCCUGUUACCAAUUCUGGGUGGCGUGGCGAUGGCAUCGGUCAAGGACGUUAAUUUCAACCCAGUCGCAUUCGCUACUUCAUUGGCGUCGAACGUAUGUGCGUCCAUUAGGCGCAUAGAGGCGAAGAAAUUCUUCAAGCAGGAUCUGAGCAAGAUUGGAAGGAACCUUGACGCAACGAAUGUCUCGUCGUUGGUGACCAUCGUCAGCUCACUAAUUCUAGCUCCGCUCGCUCUUCUGGAGGCGCCACAGUGGGCUAGCAUGUACAAAAGUGUCCUCUACAAGUUCGGCAAUAAGGGGCUUUUACAGCUUGCAAGGCACAUCGCAUUAUCCGGAUUCUUCUACACUCUCUAUAACGAGGUGUCCUUCGUCGCACUAUCGCAGCUUACACCAGUAAGCCACGCCGUUGCAAACACCCUGAAACGCAUUUUUCUCAUCAUCACCAGCUCCAUCCUCUUCAAAACCAAAAUCACAAACAUGGGCCUCUACGGUUCAGCUACGGCAAUUACCGGAGCAAUGCUGUACUCACUCAGCAAGCACUAUAUGGGAUAA